UUCUGACCACGGGGGAGAGGCAAGGACAGAGGCAAGGCAGUGAGCAGUGACGCUGGGAUUGCGAGCCUUUACACAGUAGCAGCUUCCGAGAAGCCAAAAAACUUUGAAAGGAAAGUUUCUGAAAACAUGGACUUUGUAGUAUUUUUAACUGAGAGUUAAGAGAGUGGUUUUGAGAAAUAUUGAGGCGGAGGAGUGUCGGUGUAACUACUUUGGCAAGUCUGUUUUCUUUUUCUUAAAGUUGGGGUCAUUUUCGAGCGGCGCCUGAGCUAACGGGGAAGUGACCCAGCUGGACUGAUAGAGGGACCGGAGACCGGCAACGAGCAGCCUGGCCAUGUCCAAGAGCAAAGCGGACCGAAGUUAUACGACUGCAGCCGUCGUGCGGAUUCCGGACAACGGGAAUGCCCGCGACUCCGAGCCCGAGGCUGGAGAUGAAGGUCCCGGAGGACAAGAAGCCCCGCGGGGGAGACCAAUGCUGGUCUUCCUGGAUAUAAUCUGCAUCGUUCUGGCCUCCCUGCCAUUCUUCAUGGUGGAGUUCAAUGCGGUUAAGCCAUAUAAUCGUGGGUUCUACUGCAAUGAUACGAGUAUCAACUACCCACUGAAGGAAUCUGAAACCAUCACCGACCCUGUUCUGUGCACCGUGGGCAUUUUAAUCACUGUCACUGCAAUAGCCAUCAGUGAAAGUUACAGGGUCCGAUUCUUGAAGGAGAAAACAAAGUCUUUCGUCUCGAAUCCCUACGUGUCUGUGAUAUACAAGCAGGUCGGCUGUUUCCUCUUCGGCUGUGCAGUGAGCCAGUCCCUCACUGAUCUGGCAAAGGUUGCUGUCGGCAGGUUGAGACCCAACUUCCUGUACGUCUGCAAGCCCGAUUUCUCCAAAAUUGACUGUACCAAAGGAUACAUUGAGGAUUACGUCUGCAAUGGGACGGCCUCGGCAGUCACAGAGGGCAGGAAGUCGUUUUACUCUGGCCACGCCUCCUUUGCCAUGUACACCCUUCUCUACCUGGCGUUCUACCUGGAGGCUCGAUUUACCUGGAAAGGAGCGAGGCUGCUGAGACCCCUCCUACAGGCUCUCCUGAUCAUGAUGGCAAUUUACACAGGACUUACCCGCGUGUCAGAUUACAGGCACCACCCAUCCGAUGUCGUUGUGGGAUUCCUGCAGGGAGCGAUAAUUGCCUACUGGAUUGCAUUUCACGUAUCGGACAUGUUUAAGUUGAAGAGAAAGGUGAUAAAGGAAUCGAAAGUCAACUCGGACAAUUCCAUACUGACCAAUCAUACAACGUGUUAGCGUAAUUGAGGUCCAGGAUAUGGAAAAUAUGUUUGUGGGUCGAACAGGCCACCGUACCAGUAUUGGACCAGAAACCAAGCAAGAAGCCAGUGUUCAAAGAACCUUCCACAGUUUCUUUUUUAAUCUCCAGGAUAAUCACCAACAUGGCCUCACUCUGAUUUUCUUUUCCAGCAAGUCCUUGAAGCCAUGUUCACUGGACGCUCAGCAACCAUUGUAUGGAAUUAUGCUGGAUUUUCUGUUGCUCCCUGAGGAAUUAUUUCAUUCCGCUUCUCCUACAAUGACCUAUGGAUUUUGGACCUUUAUUAGUAACCUUAAAGUGCCUGACUUCAUAGAUUUCCCAUACACUAUGGAAACUGAAUGCUGUGAGCAACAAUGUAUUCUAUAAAUACCAUAAUAAUUAAUAUUAUAGAUCACAGUCUGUGUUGAGCCUUUUUUGAGUGUAUUCUUGUGACUAAAAACAAAUCUAUAAUUAAGAUAUUACCAGUUAUUCAGUACAUGGAUGAAGAAAAGCUAAUUUCAUUCAAAAUUAAAUACCCACAUUUAUUAUAUCUUUAACUAAUGGUAUCUAAAUCAGGGAUGGAAGUUAGCUUGAUGACAUGUUUUAUUAAUGGGUCCUGUUUUCUCUAGGAGACUAACCAACCGGAACUUGCUUCACUGCUUUUGAAGGUGGGUGGUAUUGGACUUUCUGUAACUAAGCAAAAUUGAGCCAAACAUUAACUGACUUUGGGAAAUCUCAUGUCAGAACCAUCAUAUUGGACGGAAAUGCAGUUAAUGUUGAAAGUGACAAGGAUUCUGUUUCUGAUAUCGGCUCACCAGACUGAUUAUUACAACGUUCUGUGGCGGCUGUUUAGAUAAAACAAAAAUAAUUUGUCCAAAAGGGAAUAAGGCAGGAGAAAAGAGCCAUAAACAGAGAAAUGCUCAUUACUGGAGAGCAGAUAAGAGGGGAUUCAGAAGCAAAAUGUUGCAGAUGCUGAUUAUCUGAGUUAAGCAGGACAGGCAGCAUCUGUGAGCAGUUGGUCAAGAGUUGAUGGUUGAGCAAAAACCAUUAGAAAGGUAAUUCAUUCAAUUACUCUCUCCAAAAGUGAUGAGCUGGACAGAUCAAUUGAAGUAAGUCCCAUAAAAUGCGAGAAAGGGGAAGAGAAGACUAAGUUCUGAACAAAGGGUGACCCUUGAAACACAGAAUGGUGCUUGUCUAAAGGAGUGAGCUUCAUCUAGAGUGACCUCGGUGAGUUGUAAUGCAUUGAAAAGAAGCUGAAAGGUUUUAUUAAAAUAUUGCAGAUGCUGGAAAUCUGUAACAGAGAUUCUAAAAGCAGGUCAGCUAGUACCUGUCGAAUGAUAGACAGUCAACGUUUCAGGUUGAGGAACCUUCCUCAGAGUUCUGGCAAAGGGCUUCGACCCGAAACACUUAUUCUGUUUCUCCUCCGCAGAUGCUGACUGACUUGUUAACUGCUUCCAGAAUUUUCUGUUGAAAAGAAGCUGAUUGAGGCUUGCUGGCAAUGUGAUAGGUCUGCCUUUGAGCCGGAUCAUCUGACGGAGAGAAUGUUGGAAGCUAUUGUUAAUAACUCUAAUUUCAGGUAGCUCGUAAUGUACUCAAAAGGAUCUGAUUCACCCUUACAGUGUUCAUUGCUGUUUAAUUUGAGGUGCAUCUCGACUGCAGUUUUAAUUCUGAUAUUUUAUAUUGUCUUUCUUUUUAUUAUGGACACUAAGAAUUCUCAGCUUUUACAUCAUCCCAGCAAAAUGCCUCUACCGAAAUACAACAGGAGAUCCAUUCUGGUGUCUCCUAAUCAAAGGCGACAACCUGGAGGAUUGGAACUUUCAGUUGUGAGAGGGGGGAACAGUAAUUGAACUGAAAGAUGGUGUGGAGAGCAAGUGACAAUUCCCUUUAAGUUAUCAUUAGACUGAGAGCCCUCAGCAGUUGGUGAACCAGUUCCUGACAGGGGAAAACCACAGGGGACUGUUGUGGUAUCUGAUCUGAAGGUGCAUAACUGGAGAAUUCAUAUUCCACUAUAAUUUAUUCCUUUCAUAUGAAGAAGCUGAUAAAUGCUGUUAAUUGCAAUAAAUGUCUUUUUUAUUGGUUUAUUAUAAAACUGAGUUGGUGCACACUGGCACUGUGGAUUUAUUUUAUUCUUGAUCAUGCUCUGUGUGUGUGUGUGUGUGUGUGUGUGUGUGUGUGAUUAUAAAGUUUCCGAAGUAUUUUUCCCAA